UGACAGGUGCUGGGAAAGGGGACGCGGGACGGCUCCUGCUGGUGUAAAGGAUACUCCUCUCUCCCUGCACUAAUCCAGCUCCGUUACACCCAGUAUAGAAGGGGCUGCUCCGGCCAGGCGCUGCCACAGCGCCGAUGCUGCUCUCCUGACUGCCCUCUGCCCUGGGGACCCCAGGAGCCUCGCCGACCCAUGGAGCAGGACGGUGUGGCGGGCAGCACGGCUGACACCGGGGGGGCUGGGAGCACGGCCCCCCCUGGAGCUGAGCCCAGCACGACCCCUCCUGUCCCUGCCAGCCCCCCGGACACAGAGCCCCCAGCCCAGGCUCAGGGCGCAGGGCAGGAAGAGCCCGGGAAGGAGAAGGCUGAGGCUGGUGGGGCUCAGGGUGCGGGGGGAAAGGAGCCUGCCAAGGAGGAGCCCCCAGGAUUUGAGGCAAAGCCCUCGGAGGAAAAGGGUCCGGCUGCUGCUGGGGCUCAGGAUGGAGGAAAGGAAGAGCCCGUGAAGGAGAAAACCCAGCCUGGGGGAGAGCCCCCCGAGGGGAAGGAGCCGGCUGCUGCCCAGGCUCAGGGCGCAGGGAAGGGGGAGCCCCCCGAGGCUGAGGCUGCAGCGGAGCCGCAGGCAGGGGACGCGGCACAGGAGAAGGGCCCAGCAGGGGCUCAGGAUGGAGGCAAGGAAGAGCCCACGAAGGAGGAAGCCGCCGGUGUUCCAGAGGCUGAGGGUGGAGGAAAAGCAGAGCCCACACAGGAGGAGGCCCCGGCUGCGGCAAAGGCGCAGGAUGGGGAGAAGGCAGCCGAAAAGGUGGAGGAAAGCCCAGCUGCAAAAGAGACUCAGGAUGGAGGCAAAGAAGCUCCUGCGAAGGAGGAAGCCACAGCAGCUCCUGCCAAGGCUCAGGAUGGAGGGGAGGAGGCUGCACAGGUGGAAAAACCCACGGCGGUGACAAAGGCUGAGGAUGGAGGCAAAGAAGAGCCCCCCAAGGAAGACGCCGCGGCUGGAACCAAGGAGGAACCACGUGCUGCAAAGGCUCAGGAUGGGGAGAAGAAAGAAACGAAGGAGGAAAAAACCCCAGAGGCAGCCACAGCCCAGGAUGGGGGCAAGGAGCCCACGAAAGAGGAGACCCCGAAUGCUGCAGAGGCUCAGGAUGAAGGGGACAAAGUGGAGGAGAGCAGCAGGGAGCAGCCCCCCAGGGGCCCCGAGCCCUCGCGCCCGGCUCUGCUGCAGAGCCUGAGCUGCCCGGCCGCCUGCCAAAGGGAGGAGCAGCCCGGGCUGGAGGUGGCCGCGAUGGAGAUGAUACCGGAGGAGACCGCGGUGGCACCGGCAACGGAAGGUUUGGGGGAGCCCACCCCGGCCCAGGGGGUCCUGCGGCCCCCCGAGCAGCCUGACCCCAUGGGCAGCGCUGGCACCCUGCAGGAGAGGACAUUGCCCGGUGCCACGGGGCAGCCCCAGCCCGGUUCGGAGCCUCCUGGGGACGCCGAGCAGCCCGGCCCCGGUGCCGCGGGGCAGCCGUCCUCGACGGAGGCAGAGCCACCCCCCAGCCCCUACCUCACCCCCGAUUUUGGGAAGGAAGACCCUUUUGAGAUACUGGACGAUGUCCCCCCGCCGCCCGCGCCCUUCGCGCACCGCAUCGUCACCCUGCGCUCGGCCAACGUCAGCUCCCAGUUCAACCUCAGCUCCAAGGAGAUCCUGGGGGGAGGCAAGUUUGGAGAAGUCCACACGUGCACCGAGAAGCAGACGGGGCUCAAGCUGGCUGCCAAAGUCAUCAAGAAGCAGGGCGCCAAGGACAAGGAGAUGGUGCUGCUGGAGAUCGACGUGAUGAACCAGCUGAACCACAGGAACCUCAUCCAGCUCUACGAUGCCAUCGAGACGCCGCGGGAGAUCAUCCUCUUCAUGGAGUUCAUUGAGGGCGGCGAGCUCUUCGAGCGCAUCGUGGACGACGACUACCACCUGACGGAGGUGGACUGCAUGGUGUUCGUCCGGCAGAUCUGCGAGGGCAUCCGCUUCAUGCACCACAUGCGCGUCCUCCACCUCGACCUCAAGCCCGAGAACAUCCUCUGCGUCGCCGCCACCGGGCACAUGGUGAAGAUCAUCGACUUCGGGCUGGCUCGAAGGUACAACCCCCAGGAGAAGCUGAAAGUGAAUUUUGGCACCCCCGAGUUCCUCUCCCCCGAGGUGGUCAACUACGAGCAGGUCUCCUACUCCACGGACAUGUGGAGCAUGGGCGUCAUCACCUACAUGCUCCUCAGCGGCCUCUCCCCCUUCCUGGGUGACAACGACACCGAGACGCUGAACAACGUCCUGGCUGCCAACUGGUACUUCGACGAGGAGACCUUCGAGAGCGUCUCCGACGAGGCCAAGGAUUUUGUCUCAAACCUCAUCAUCAAAGAAAAAAGCGGCCGGAUGAGCGCGGGGCAGUGCCUGCAGCAUCCCUGGCUCAACAACCUGGCGGAGAAGGCGAAGCGCUGCAACCGCCGCCUCAAGUCCCAGGUGCUGCUGAAGAAAUACGUCAUGCGGCGGCGCUGGAAGAAAAACUUCAUCGGGGUGUGUGCUGCCAACCGCUUCAAGAAGAUCACCAGCUCGGGGUCGCUGACGGCGCUGGGCGUCUGAGCGUGGGCCGGGGGCUGAGCACCGUGAGCCCAGAGGAACCGCUCGGAGAGGGGGCUCGGGGGCCGUGCCGAGCCCCAUCCCGGGGCCGUGCCGGGGUCUCACCCCUGGCCAGGAGCAGGAUCUGGGCAGGGGCAGCCCCGCAGGCACCGCGCAGCCCCAGCUCUGCUCAUCAACCGGCAGCUCCAGCCCCCGCUGCGCCUCGCCACGAAGCCACCUCCACGCUCCUGCCCCUGCGGCCGCUGCUCUGCCCCGGCACCGGGCACCGGGGGGGCUGCUGGAGACCCGGACCCCGCGGGUUCCUCACCCACAGCCGCCUUCUGUGCGCUCACAGGG